AUGGCACCUAAGAAACAGCCCCAACACACUUGGACUGAGGAGCAGCUCAAGAUACUGAAUGACACUAAGCCAGAGUUUCACGCUGCCGACGCAGUCAAGCGCCAGGCCGUGGCCGACACCGCCGCUUCGAAAAUCCAGGCGGCGAUGGAGGAGGGCGGUCAGCAGUUGGACAGCAAGGCCAGUCAAGCUCUCUUCAUUGCUGUCCGUGGAUGGUUGAAGGCGCGGUGCAAAGCCAAACGCAAAGCAGAUGGAAUUUCCUGGAAGGGUAUCAAGGCCCGCAAUGUCUUCAUUCAGCACAACCGCCGUUCUAUAAAAGCAGUCCAGAAGAAGCUGUAUGAGAAGGAUACCGGAGCAGUAUUUCCAUAUAGCCUGGAUACCUUUGUCGAUGUGCCAUUGCCCGACUUUGAUGCCGAGGAAAUCGCCAUGCUAGAGGACCAUGGGAUGAGCCCCCAUAAUCCAGACGUUGACAUGGCUUUGGAGACAGAUGAUGAAGAAAUGUCUGUCAGUGACGAAGACGACUACAACGAUGACGACAACGACAAUGACGACGACGACGAUGACGACAACGACGGAGAGUCAGACCGCCACAAGCAGCCAACCAAAAGUAAAUCCCAUCUGAAAUCGGGAAAGAGCCGCGGUCAGAAGAAGAAUCAAAGACCCGACACGACACAGUCACAGAAAACCAGCAACCACGUAUUUUCAUACUUCCAGGAUGCCGUCUCAGAGCUGUGGAGCAAGUUGCCCGCAUCCGAAAAGCGGCGGUACCGCCUCCGAGCUUAUCUCAAUAAACAGCGUGGCCCAAGUUCAUCGGAACAAGCAGAGAUGGCCGACAAGGAGCUGCCCGCCGUCCUGGAAGGCUUCGCGGCGCAGCUAUUGCGGAAGUACAAUGUCCGCGUGGUGUUCACCAUUGUUUUCCCCGAUGAGAAUGGCGUCUUGAAUAUUUGGUCUUCGGAUUACAACAGCAACCUCGGCGGAACCAACUUCACCGAUGUACAUCCUCGGAUCUUUCAAGAUUGUGGGAUCAAUGUUGCACUUACCGCUUGGGGACGGAGGGAAUUUGGGAAGGAGCAUGCGCAAGUCACAUUCACUCAGAAGCGGGCUGGCACUCAUGCGCUCAUGACCCUCCCAUUGGGAGCGGAUGGUGCCCGACUGGUAGACCCUGAGAAGCCUCCAAUCCUUCCAGUUACUAAGCCUUGGCUUAAAGACCUUAUCCGGUCCUACUUUACUCACAAAUAUGUCGAGGCUGUCGGGACUGCCGAACGGCUGAAGUGUCCAUGGAGUGAUAUCGAGAAAGGUCCUGGCCGUUUCUUCGAUGAGAAUAUCUUCCCUGUGAAAUACCAGAAGAUGUUAAGGGAACCGUCCCGCAUGUCAGUUCAAGAAUUAAAAGACGUUCUGGGAUACAUCUACAGUCGGCAAGAAAGCGGUGUUCGACCGCCGUUCCGCUUUGACUAUUACAUCGACAAAAGCAAAAGUCAAAACCUGAUAAUCAAGGCGUCACAUUCUAGUACCAAGGGGAAGGCACGAGAAGUGCUUUCUGUUGAGCCUGUCGUCAUUGAGGCGUCGCCCGUCAGCACCGCUCCAGCACGACCCGCCCCGAUUCAACCCGCCGCAAUAUCACCCGCCCCGAUUCAACCCGCCACAAUGUCACCUGCCCCGAUUCAACCCGCCCCGAAGCCACCCGCCCCCAACUCGUCCGCUCCCCCUGCUCCCAAUUUAGCAACUAAGCCAACCACCUCAGCCUCCUUCCUCGCAAAUAGUACUGCUGUCGGGACAGCCGCCCCCAACGUCGAUACCAAGCCCGCCGCUCACAAUACACCCGCUCUCUCAAACCCACCACCCAUCAAUACUGCUACCAAACCUGUCCCUGAUCUACACGUCCUUUACGAAGAUGCCGCGCUCAUUCCUCCCGUCACGGACACGGAAUCGCCUAAGCCAGUGCUAGUCAUGUCAUCGCCAACUGUAGCUGCACGCCCCAAGCCAAGACCCCGUCCCGGCGGCGCCCCAUGGAAUCCCGAUAGACCAAGACAAUCGGCCGCAGAGCUUGUACGGGCUCUAGGAGGAUCCUCAUCCAAAAUACAGCUUCAACCCCCAGUGCCAUCUGCAUCGUCCCAACCGCCAUCAAAGCCUGUACCGUCAAUCUCCAAGUCCGCAAGCAAGAAGCGGAUGAUGGACGGUAUCGAGCUUCUCCCAUUGAAUCCUGGCGGUGUCACUACGCGAUCACGCAGGGCUGCGAACACCAGACAGACCAGGAGCAAGAAGUAG